AUGGCCGAGGAAGCGUCGGCGGCCGCCGCCUACAGCGAGGACGACUUCUACUGCCCGGUGUGCCAGGAGGUGCUCAAGACGCCCGUGCGCACCGCGGCCUGCCAGCACGUUUUUUGUAGAAAAUGUUUCCUGACUGCAAUGAGAGAGAGUGGAAUACAUUGUCCCCUCUGUCGUGGAAAUGUGACUAGAAGAGAGAGAGCAUGUCCUGAACGGGCCUUAGACCUUGAAAAUGUCAUGAGGAACUUUUCUGGUAGCUGCAGAUGCUGUGCAAAGCAGAUCAAAUUCUAUCGCAUGAGACAUCAUUACAAAUCUUGUAAAAAGUAUCAAGAUGAAUAUGGUGCUUCUUCUAUUAUUCCAAACUUUCGGAUCUCUCAAGAUUCAGUAGGGAACAGUAAUAGGAGUGAAACUUCUACAUCUGAUAACACAGAAACUUACCAAGAAAAUACAAGUUCUGGACAUCCAACCUUUAAGUGUCCCUUAUGUCAGGAAUCAAAUUUAACCAGACAGCGUUUAUUGGAUCACUGCAACAAUCAUCACCUAUUUCAGAUAGUUCCUGUGGCAUGUCCUAUUUGUGUGUCUCUUCCUUGGGGAGAUCCUAGCCAGAUUACUAGAAACUUUGUUAGUCAUCUAAAUCAGAGACAUCGAUUUGAUUAUGGAGAAUUUGUGAAUCUUGAGCUAGAUGAGGAAACCCAAUAUCAAACUGCUGUGGAAGAAUCAUUUCAAGUAAACAUCUGAAAACUAGAAAUCUCCACAUCUUUGUACCUGCAAGUGCCAUCUUUAAGGGGAAGACUACAUGAAGUCAUCUUUUGAUAACUUGAUUUGUAUAUUAAUAAAAGUAAUUCCCUCUAUUGUUUUAGUUUAAUUAAAAAUUAAAGGUGGAUCCUUUAAAAACAUUCCCUUGAAAAGUUAAAAGGAAUUAAGACAUCUUGAAAAGCACUAAAGGAUUGUAUUUUAUUAGUGGUGAAAAGGGAAUCUUUGUACCUUAUUUUGUUACAAUACACAUUGAAUUUUUCCUUUAUUUAUCUUUAAAUUUUGGUGCAA